AUGAAUACUGAUAAUGGCAACGACGACUUGGAGCUGACACAGCUUGUGGAUCAGAGGAUUGAUGCAGCAGCUGAAGACCACAGCAAUUCUCGAGAAAGAGAACACCAACAUCUAGGGAAUGGACCGCCAAGUGAGAUUCUAGUUGCCCUUGACCCACGUAGUAGUACGAAGAGUAGUGACGAGAAUGAUGGCUUUGACUUGAUGGAAAUCGUAGCCCAAAGGGCUGCUGAUGCCAGGGCUACUAUUGAUUCUGAACAGACAGAUUCUGAACAGACAGAAACACUUGUACAGCCAGGAGCAUAUGCUGUAAAUGGGGUCACUUCUCGUCCUCAAGAAGAAGAUGAACCUUCGGUUGACAAUGACGAAGAACCUUUGGGACCUCACAAGGCAGGCGAAAGCUGGGAGGAAGAUGAUAUUCAAUCUGUUGCACACCCCAUAGACCAUCAGGGUUCAGAAGAAAUGCUCCCUAGUGAAGUCCCCUUGAUAGCUGUUGCACGACCCAUAGACCAUCAGGGUUUAGAAGAAUUGCUCCCAAGUGGAGUCCCAUUCAUUGCGAGAAACAGAACUGUUUGGAACAGAAAACUCUGGUGUUAUGUUUCACUGGAAUUUUUUGUUGGUAUGCUCAUUGUGACCACUUUCCUGCUCUACAAGACCAUAGAUCUCCCCAAUGCAACGCUUAUGAAUGGCUGUUGGAGAACCGAACGAAGAUUCAAACCUAUCCCAAUUGGAGGUUGA